AUGGUGUCAUUCAGAAUCCUCGCUGGUGGCUAUUACGAAGCCUUCAUCGCUGCGUAUAUUUUUAAUACCACUGGUCAGACCUCCACUCUGCAAUUGGCGAGUCGGUCGCGCACCGGAAAUGGACCCUCAUGGAUCGCCUUUCAUCCCCAGAACAGUAGCCUGCUCUACUCGGUGAACGAUAUUUGGAACAGCGGUUUCGUUCAGUCAUUCACCGUCCAGCCAGACGGGGUCCUCUCACCUGCUCUGGAUACAAUCGCCUCCGGCGGUAACAGCCCAGUCCACCUUGAGCCUCUGGCGUCGAAAGAACAGAUCGUCGUUGUCAACUACAGCGGCGGAAACGCAAAGGUCUUCAAUACAGCAGGCGCUCGAUUCCUGGCAGAUUCCGCUCAAACCAUCACGUUCCCCAAACCCCCAGGCGUUUUAAACUCGAACCCUCAUCAAGCAUACGAAUACGGAAACGAGAUUUUCAUACCUGAUCUGGGAGCCGAUACUAUCUGGCGACUGGUACCAAAUGACACGCCUGGUAGCAGGGAUUUGGUCAGACUCGCUGGGUCAAUUCCUCAACCUAAAGGAAGCGGGCCCCGCCACAUCUCCAUCCACAACGACCGGCUGUUCGUGCUUCACGAACUUUCCUCGACCCUCACGCUGCAGAGAAUCCCUGCUUUAGGAACCAACACUUCGGAUAUCAUUAGUACCUUGACGACCUUCCCCUCCGACGGGCCACAAAACCCCAGAUGGGCUGCAGCAGAGAUCCUGAUUCCCCCUACCACUGAACGAUUCCCGGUCCCGUACAUCUACAUUUCCAACAGGAACAAAGGCUUCAUUAAGGAUCCGCGAGGAGACUCGAUCGCCAUUUUCGAGCAUGUCGGGUUGGGAACUGCGAAUGAAGGGCUGCGUUUGGUCAAGCAGGUGUUUACUGGCCUUGAUCAGAUUCGGGGGAUGGAGUUCGGACCGGUCGAAACGGGUGGCGACGAAUUCUUGAUUGCUGGUGCGAGCGAGGGAGGUGCAGGGGUUGUGGUUCUGAGGAGGAUCGAUGGCGGUCGGGAUCUGGAGAUUGUUGCGAGGAAUAGCGAGGUUCGCACGAGGACCUCGUUUGUUUGGAUGAAGUGA